GCCGUGUCCCUGUUCGUCAACAUUUCUAUUUAGUGAUUCUAUACAUUCGGACAAAGUUGGUGGCUCACACGUACAUUCUACCUUCCAAUGGUGCAUUAUUUUGUGAUGGUUUGUGAAACUGAAAUGUGUUAGCUAAAAAUAUAUUUUCUCGUUUAGUGUUUUGGAAAAUCCCUUUUUGUGAGAUCAUUAAGAUAUUUUAUUCAAAUUAAUCAUUAUAUAAGCGUUGAACAUGGCAGACGAAAAAUUAUUUAGUUUUCAAACAGGAAAAGUAGCCCAUUUUACAGUAGUGGAUUAUGUCCUGUUCGGACUUUUAUUGGUGAUAUCUGCUGGAAUUGGACUUUUCUUUGCCAUCAAAGACAGAAAACAUAAUAAUACAAAAACCUUUCUGAUGGCGGGCGGGAACAUGAACCCUUUUCCCGUAGCCCUGUCUCUUCUAGCCAGUUUCAUGUCUGCAAUAACAUUACUGGGAACCCCGGCAGAAAUGUACAACUAUACAACAAUGUACUAUUGGAUUGGACUGUCGUAUUUCUUCGUGGCCUUUGGGGCAGCCCAUGUGUUCAUGCCAAUAUUCUAUCAGCUUAGGGUCAGAAGUGCUUACGAGUAUCUGGAGCAUCGGUUUAGUAAGGGAGUCCGGACGGCUGGAUCUAUGACCUUUUGCGUACAGAUGCUUUUGUACAUGGCCCUUGUACUGUACGCUCCAUCUUUGGCCUUGAAUUCAGUGACUGGUUUUACAUUAUGGGGGUCCGUAAUCUCAGUGGGGAUUGUGUGCACAAUUUACACCACAAUAGGUGGAAUGAAAGCCGUGCUUUUUACCGAUUCCUUUCAAGUAGGGAUGAUGUUUGCUGGACUUAUCGCAAUUCUUAUCCAGGGUAAUGUAGAGUUGGGUGGAUUUGAUCAGGCAUGGAAAAAAGCUGAGGAAAGUGGAAGAGUCUAUUUCACAGACUUUAACCCAGAUCCUAAGGUCAGGCACAGUGUUUGGUCCCUUGUGAUUGGCGGGGCGUUUACCUGGGUGGCUAUAUACGGUGUCAAUCAGGCACAGGUACAGCGCUAUUGUACUUGUCCGUCUCUCAGAAAGGCUCAGUUAGCUAUCUGGAUAAACUUCCCUGGCUUGUGUCUGAUCCUGUACCUUAGUUGUCUGAUCGGAAUGGUCGUGUACGCCUUCUACAGUAACUGUGAUCCCUUUACAUUCAAUCUCGUGAAAACCUCAGAUCAGCUUCUCCCCCUUUUUGUGAUGGAUGUGCUGGGGUAUUUAAAGGGAUUUCCAGGACUUUUCGUCGCUUGUUUGUUUAGCGGAGCAUUAAGCACGAUAUCUUCAGGAUUAAGUGCCCUAGCCGCUGUAGUCUUGGAAGACGUUAUAAAGGCAUAUUUCUUCAAAGAUCUUUCUGAAAAUGCUGCAACAAACACAUCCAAAGUGCUCGCUUUUGUAUUCGGAAUAAUAUGUUUGGGCCUCACUUACGUAGCUUCCCUUCUUGGGGGCGUACUGCAGGCUGCACUGUCUUUGUUUGGGAUGAUCGGAGGUCCUCUUCUGGGACUCUUCAUCCUGGGGAUGAUGUUUCCCUGGUCAAAUAAAUGGGGAGCCUAUUGUGGACUGUUUCUUGGUCUGAUUUUUAUGUUCUGGAUUGGAGUGGGAGCUCAGAUUUAUAAACCCUACAACCCCAAGGCACCGACAGGCAUAAGUGGUUGUAACUGGAACCUUACCACCACACUCUCGCCGGCCACCGUGUCGUUAUUAAACAAAACCCUCAGCAACGCGGCUACAACGACAUCCUCCUACUUCAAUACAACAGAGCUCAUUUCCCCGGUGGAAGAGGAAGAGAAUAUAUUUGCUCCCCUGUACGCCCUGUCUUACUUGUGGUACAGUGCCACAGCUGUUCUGUUUGUGGUCGUGGUCGGUCUCCUUGUCAGUUUGGUGACGGGCCCAGAAGAUCCUAAAAAGUUGGAUCCCAAGCUGAUCUGCCCGUUAUUUGACAUUCUGUUCCCGUACCUACCCGAGAAGAUCCGAAAGCCAAUGAGGUUCGGGGUCAGGUUUGACGAGCUGGACAAAGAAUCGAAGGAAGGCGGGGUGUUUGGUGACUUGAAUACAGAUAUUCUGAAUCUUGAAAUGGACGUAAAUUCUAAAGAAAAAGAAAAGGAAAUCCAUAAUAACGGCCUUGUUCACAUAGAGAACGGGAAAGCGCCAACUGAAAAUGGCUGUCAAAACGGCGGAUAUGUAGACAAUGAAAAUAAACUCCUGACACGGCUGUGAUAAUCCGUACAAUGUUUAAAUUAUUGUCAGAACACAAUUUAUACAUGUAUAUAAUUAAAUUUGCAUCGAUUGUUGAUUUAGAUGCCAAUAUUAACCUCUUUUGACAAUUUUCUUAUACUUGUACAUUAUAUUGUCUUUUUCUUUUCACAUGUCUAUCCUAUUAAUGAACAUGAUUCUAUUAA